AUGCGGUCAGCAACAGACCUGGCGGAAGCCGGGAUCCAGUGUGUGAAAGGUAGGUCAUCUCAGCUGGAUCAGAUAUCAUUCGAUGGAGGAAAGCUGACGCUUCCGUCGAUAUUAGUGGACAGCUCCACCAAAACUAUUUAUCUAAACAUGAGGGCAUUUGAGUGGUUCCAUGUGAACAGGUGCGUGAAUGAGAAAGACAAAGACAAAGACAACUACAAAGAGGGAUUUCACGUGAUAGCGUAUGUGUUUUUCAUGGACAGAUUGAUCGACACCGCCAAAGACGUGAGCCUGUUGCACAAGCACCACAUCAUGCAGUACACGUUGGGCAGCGAUCAGAGUGUCGCAGAUAUUUUCAAUACAUUCUCGACGGACAUGAGUCUCGAUCCGGACAAUGAAUUGUUGAAGGUGCAAAAGAGAGUGGCCGAAUAUUACAGGAAUCCAGUGUCGGGGUGCAUAGCUUAUGCUAAGCGCAACUACUUCGCUAACACAUGGGUCACCCUAUCCAUCUUUGCGGCCAUUUUUCUCUUUGCCCUCACCAUUUCUCAGACUCUCUAUGCCGUCCUAGACUACCAUAAAUCCGAUGCCCCACCCCCACCGCCGGACUUCCAUAAACCAUAA